AUGUUUGCAUACUACGCUCACUGUCGUCCGAUUCCUCACCGCGAAGAUACCUCCGUCAUGAGUGUUGCCGUGAGCGGCUCCCCUGCUCCAGGCAAGAACUUGCAAGAUGCUGCUGUAGCUCAAGCCCUUGAGGUUGCCCGCGAGAGCCCAGUUGGUGGUCCGGACCCUACUGUCAGCAAGAUUCUCGAGAAUGCUUUGUCCCAGAUCUGGGACAAAGUGCAAGCUCAGCCCGGCUCCUAUGUCAUGACAAGGGACGAAUUUGCCGUCUUCAACUUCUUCCAGCACCGAUUUAUUGGCGACAAGGACGCUGUUGCAGCUCGAAAACGAUAUUGGGACAACUGCUGUCCUUAA